GUUAUGAGAAAAACGAAAGCCCCUUCAAAAAAAAAAAAAAAAAAAGCACAAGCGUCCAACGUCGGCGAUGAACACCCCGUAUAUAAAUUGGAAAAUUUAACCAACGUCGACUAAAUUUUCUCUCUCCUCUGAUUCAUCUUCAACAUCUCGAGCUUCACUUUAAUGGAGGAACACAAAGCACCGGCAACCGCCAUUGCAGCUUCUCUCCAAAACCUUGCUCUUGAUUCUUCCGCCACCCCCGCCGCCUCUUUCUUAUUCCCAGUCCUUCCACUUAAAAGAACAAAGCCUCCGAGUUUGGUCAGCUUAUGCAUUGCUGUCAUUGGGAAGCAUUUGGAGGAUCUCAUUCCCGAGUUGGGCGAGAUUGCUAUUGGUUUUCCGGCACAUAUUAAGCUGUCAAUUGCUGCAGUUGCUAGGAGAAAAAAGCUUCUAAAUGAUGAAGUAAUCAUCUCUCUUGCUGAUGGCACCUGGGAAAUCCUUGACGUUUCUUGUACAGAUGUUUCAGAUUUUGGUCUUGCAAAGGUGGCAGAGAUGUGUCCAAAUUUGCGAGCAGUGAAUAUAAGCCAAUGCAGCAGAAUCACUCCUAAUGGUGUCUCUCAACUGGUGAAGCAUUGUCAAUCUUUGGAAAUAUUAAGAUGUGGAGGGUGUCCUCGGAGUGAUUACACUGGAAGAAGAAGCUUACACUUAUUUAAACCAGAUCUGAACAAUUUGGAAGGAGAUUCGUGGGAGGAACUCGAUACCACAGAGUUUACUCAUGGUGGACAAUCCCUGAGAUGGCUUGUGUGGCCAAACAUUGAUCCUGAUUCUUUGGAGAAUUUCUCCUCCGAAUGCCCUCGUGUUAUAGUCAACCCAAAUCCUUCACCUUUUGACUUCAAGGAAGUUGCUGUCCCCAAGGAAGCUCUGCCAAACACAGUUUUGGAUGAACAUGCUGUUGAGGAUAUAGACCCCACUAUAUGGGCAUCAUGUAGACCAACAAGAAAAAUUCUACCGAUCAUUUCUACUCCCAGCGAGUUGUCCAUGGCUGAGAAGUUUAGGUUAGCAUUUGUUGAGAGAGAUACAAGGUUGGCUCCUAAACGAGCCAAGAAUGCAAGGCAACAUCAGCGUCGUGCAGAGAGAGAGUGGAUGAUGACCUCAGAAGCCAAAGCUAUAUCUCAUGCUUCACGGGCAAACAAAUCACGUGGUAGAAGCUAGCGUUGCAAUUAUAUUUGAUGGCCUCUUUUCUUUCUUUUAGCCAUUUAGUUUACUGUUAUAAUCUUUCUGAUAUUAAUUGUUAAAAUGCGGGGGAGAAAAGAACACUUGGUAUCUUACUAUCUUGGUCAAUUGGAUUACCUUUAGUGGUAUACUUGAGGAAGUUAUAGGCAGGGGACGCAAUGUAUUACGUAUGUAUGACAAUGAAAACAUAAGACGUAGCUCUUAAGUUUGUAUAUUGUACAAAUGUACAGUUUUACAUUAGUGUGUAUGUUUGGAUACUUUGAUAA